AUGGCGACUGAGGAACCUAUUACUUCUUUCCCGAUGGAUAAGGAGGCUGCCGAAGAGGAAAUCGCACUAUUGGUCCGCAAGCCUGGAUUCGAUGAUCUCACAGUUGCAGAUAUAAUAAGACACAUGAAUAAUCGUUUCAAUACUAAUUUUGAUUCGUAUAAGUCCCAGCUGAAAGAAAUGGUUAUCGAAGAAAUCAAAAAGAGGAAUCAGGAAAAAGAUAGUUCUGAUGAGAGCGGAUCGGACAGCGACAAUGACAGUGAUCACGAAAAGGAGAAAAAAAAGAAACUGAAAACUGAAAUCCCAGAAGAAAAAGAAAAAGUGGUGAAAAAGGAAGUCAAGGAGGAAGUGGAGGAGACAAAACCAGAAAAACCACAGAAACAAAAGAAGUCAGCAAAAGAGGACGAUUCAGACUCAGAUAGUGGAGUCGAUGAUGCAGUAAUCAAGAAAUCAUCGAAAAAUUCGGCUCCACGAGUUCAGUCUGAUAUGGCAACUACUAUCAAAUCAUCGAGACGUGCAGCAGCAUCUGAUGCAUUGAAACAAAUUCGCUAUACAUCUGGUGGCGGAAGAUAUGCGAAUAGCAAGAAAAACAAGGUCAAGGAUCCAAAUGCUGACAAUUCUGGAAAGUUUGGUCCAAUGACCAAACUUUGUUACAUCAGCACGGAGUUGCAGCAAAUCACUAAAGACCAGUGGAUGAAGCGUUGCGAUGUCGUUAAAGUUUUGUGGGACUAUAUUAAAGAGAAAAAUCUGAAAGAUCCGAAGAACGGACAAUUCAUCCUUUGUGAUGAUGUUUUGAAGUCAAUUUUCAAUAAAAAUCGCAUAAAAGGUUUUGGAAUGACCAAGUUUCUCACAAAACACAUCAUUGGUACCUCUGAUAUGGUACCUGACAUGAGAGAAGAAGCAGAAGCCGAAAUGGAUAAAAGGAGAAAGGAGUGGAAGGAGAGACAAAGAAAGCGUGAAGCAGAGGCACGUGAGGAGUCAGCGAUUUCAGAUGAUUCGGACGGUCCAUCAGCGAAAAAACCGAAAACAGAAGAACCAGAAGAAGAUGCUGACGAUGAUAGUGAUGAUGAAAAAGACGCUAUGUCGGAUAGGGAGUCUAGAAGUAAACCAAAAAAGACAGUUAUUGGCAGCUUUUUGGGUCGAUUGAGUCGAAGCAAAAGUCGCGGUGUUGACAUCGACAGAAAGAAGGACGCUAAUCAACAUGAAGUUGCAAAAAUAGUUCCUUCUUCGAAAAGCGAUGGUAACAUCAAAUCAGUGAGCGACCGUCGGAGUUCAGAGACAUCCCAUCGAGAAACAUCAGAGGCUUUUUUGGCUGAAGAAGCCAGAAUGUCUCCCGCUCGACGUUUACUUAACAGAUUCACGACUUUUCGUUCAACUGGAAGGUUCAAGUCAGCAUCGCGAUCGUCUAAAGACGCCUCCUCUGACUGUCUCAAUACAUCGAGAAGUAGUCUUACCGCCAAAACAACGUCUGAACAUGACCUCCAUGCCAUUACUUCCUCGAAACCAAACAGAAUUUUGGUCUCUUCAGGAAUACCGACCGGAGCGCAGUCAGAGACGGAUUUACGUUUUGUGACCUCUCGUGACAGCCAUAAGAGUGUUCCUCUCAAUGAACCAUUCGGGUUCAAUGAAAAAUCUCCACGAGCAUUCAUGUCCGAAAAUGAUUUAUCUUCUGCUAUUACCGAUUUUCCUGAAGUUAACCGAACACCGAGUUAUUUGAGAAUUUCAUGUGCUUUAAACGGGUACACCAGAUCUCCGAAAGCCGAUCUGACACCUAAAGCUCCAAUGGUUAUGGGAGAGAGUAUUGUUGAAAGACGGUCAAAAAUGUUCAACCAUCCACAAGAACGAAAACCGGCGCCUGGAUUCGGUAGUCCAUUGACAACCACGAAGUCUAGCGAAUCAAAGACUUCAGAAAUUGAAUGUCUCACACCGAUCCCUCCACAACAUAACAAUCGACUAAACUCUCUUCUUCAAAACGAGAUGGGCAACCAUGUCUCGACGCCCCAACCUAUAAGAGAUCUUAUAAGUAAAUUCGAUCAGUUGGAUCUUUGUAGUGCUCAUAAGAAUGAAAAAGAUGGUGUAGAGAACAUUGAACCACACAAGUUUAUUAUUAACCAGCAGCCGGUGUUCGAUGAGAUCGAUCUGAAAAAGGAUGCUAAUGGAAAUGACGAGGAAAAAAGUGUUGAAGAAUCGAAUUUGAAAAUAUCGACAACAGAUGCAGAAUCUGACAGUGGAAUCUCCGGAUCAUCACCUGCAAGUUCGAAACGGAAUGUUGAAAUUCUGAAAGACACUAAAGAAGAUGAACAGGAAGUGACAACAUCAACACCAUCAGAUGCACAUGAGUUCAGACGUCUUCACGAUAAAGUGAAGGCAGAUUUAAAAGCGAAGAUGGAUGUAGCGAGCAAAGAUCUUGAACAUGCUGACGAUUUCCCUGAAAAGUGUCAGGAAUCUUUGCGAGCAGCACACGGAAACGCGCAUCUUUUGGUCAGAAAAAAGUUCUCGAAAUUCAACGAAUUGAUAGAAAAGAACAUUAAUCCAAUUGCAGACGAUCCAAUGCCAGUGACCGUUCAAGACUUGGAGGGUUUCUGGAUGACAAUCGAUAUGGAGUUGAAGGGAAUCAUGAAAGAGUUCACAAAAGUUGAGAAGUAUCGAGCGGCUAAUUGGGAUCCGAGUGCUGUCGAAGAAGAAGUAGAUGUUGCCGAUACUACAGUUAAAACAACAAAACCAAGGCUUUUGAUAACGAAGAAAGUUACUCCAAUCGUAUCAGAAGAAACCAAGAAAAAGUUAGCUGAGCAGAAAGCACUUGCCGAGCAGAGGAGAGCGGAAAUGCGUGCUCAGAUGCGCCAAAAAAUGAAGGCGAAAAACCAAGAAGAGCCAGUGUUAGGAGCAUCCGAAGAAUGCUAA